AUGUCACGGCCGUGUCAAUCCUUUCAGGAACUCUAUGCCAUCGGAAUCACCUCGCUACUUGGCAGUUGCUUUUCUGUAUAUCCAGUAUCUACGGCUCUCGGUAGGACCAUGGUGAACGUUAAAAGUGGCAGUAAAACGCUGCUAUCUACCUUGUUCAGCUGCACUUUAUUGAUGGCAGUAAUUCUUUGGCUCGGGGCAUAUCUAAGUGCUCUUCCUAGGUGCGUUUUGGCCUCCAUCAUCACUGUGGCACUCAAGUCAAUGUUCACCGUGUGUGGUCAAGUGAAGCAGAUCUAUACAAUUUCAAAAAUUGAUUUUGCGAUAUGGCUGGUGUCAUUCCUCUGUACGGCACUGAUUGACGUCAUGGAAGGUUUAGCCAUCUCCAUUCUGUUCGCAUUAUUCACGGUUAUCUGCCGAUCUCAAUGGCCGAAAUGGCAGUAUUUCUUCGAAUCAUCACACAAGCAAGAGCAAAACGGGGAGAAACCUUCAGAUAACCCUGAUAUAUGCGUAUUCCGCUUCGACGGUCCAUUACUGUUCACAAAUGUGGAGAGGUUUUUUGGCGGUUCAGGAACUCGCUUGAACUCCACCACUGACGCUUGGAUGAAGACGUGGAAGCAGACUGAGCACCAGAAGGCAGUCAAUUUCACUGAUGAGGCAAAACGGCCUCAGAAUCUCUCGGGAGAGCAUGGACCGCCACACUUCCUAAUUAUCGACUGCAAAGCCAUUGCCUAUUGCGACUACAUGGCCGCCUGUGCCUUAAAUGAGGAAGUGGAGUAA